AUGUCAUUCUCAAUCCGUAUAUCACGAGAAACAGAGCCAUCCUUCUGUACAAAUUGCUAUACCAGCUUUGACAGUGCUCGUGCUCUACGCAACCAUCGCCGAAACUGUCGUGCUCCCAUUUUGAGUGAAGACCAAGAUGUUGAAAUGGAAGAGCAACCUCCAGUGGAAACAACGCUGAUACAGCCACAAUCUCCCCCCAGUGCGCUAGUCACAGCCAAUUCAGAUCAUGCAAACCAGCUGCAUGAUGAUGAUGCCAUGAGUGAUAUUGAAGAAAUGAUUCCUGCUGCUGACGAUGCUGAUUACGACUACGCAGACUUUGAACAGAUGCCGGGUGCUGCUGAUCUGCUGCCUAUUGUCGAUAAUAAUGGAGACAAUCCAGAAGAACCAGGGCUGGAAUUUGAUUUGUUAAAUGUCAAAUACAAGACAGUUGGAGUAGUCGACCCAGAUGCAGAAGAUCAGGCUUGCUUCUACGAUUGCAGAUCCCUCGAAGACAUCAACCAAAAUACAUAUACAACCACAGAACUGGUUUCGAUUGAGCUGUAUGAUAUCGUCAAUGAUUUUGCCAUACCACGGGAUGCAUACAGAAAGUUGGUCAGGUUGAUGAACACUGUUUUGAGAGAUACAGAAAAAAUUAGUCGAGAAAGCAAUCCGGAGAUCAUGCAUGGCCCUCGUGUGCAAAGCAUGCUUCAGCGCCAAUCAUCGUUGACAUCCCAUGAAUAUGAUGUGUGUAUCAAUGGCUGCAAGCUGUACGCAUUGGAAGUAGACGACGAAGAGACAAUUUGUGAUAUUUGUUCCCAUGAAAGAUACAAUGCACGGGGAGAUCGUCGAGCCCUGUCGACAAUGAAAGUCAUGUCAAUUGGAGACAUCGUAUCACGAUUAGUUGCGAAUCCAAUAACGAGAGAGGAGCUUCGGUACCGACAUGCCUACGACAACAGAGACCUUGAAGAAAAUCCAUCCGAUGUUAUCAUUGCUGACGUAUUUGACGGCGCCACGUACAAGUCCAUCAAGAAUAAGCAUUUCACAAAUGACCUGGAUAUUGCAGUUGCGAUCAUGAAUGAUGGCUUUGUAGUUGAAAAGAGAGGAAAAAAGAAGCCCAAAUCAUUUGACUCGUUCAUUUCCAUCAUCUUGGCAGAGCUCCAGUGGCUUUCUACGUAUGGAAUGGUAGUCGAAACAAAUGACGCUGGGCCAAUUCGUUUGAAGGUUCAUCCUCUAAUUUGUGGUGGUGAUACUCCAGCCGUGUUUGACUGGAGCAAGUGUGCUCAUCAUGCAUCUGAGUAUGGCUGUCGUUGGUAUCUUUCGCGUGGUAUGCACCCUGAUAAUCGCAGCCAUGGGAUGUACUUUCCAAAUGCUGGAAGCAUGCGUACGAAUGAAGAUUACGAGAGGGCUGAGUCCAACCUUGGAUUCAACGGUGUCAGCCUUUUCAAUCAGCUAUCGUCAUGCUUUGGAUUCGAAGAAAUGCAUACAUUAGCACGAGGUGUUGGUUCAGAACUCUUCGAGAUGCUCACUGUCGGCCUGUCUCCGAACAACACAAAGUUCUUCUACACAUAUACAGAUGGUGAAUUGGAGCGAGAAAAUUAUCCAUUUUUCAUUCCAAAGCAACGGCUGUUCGAGAUUGGCUGUUGUGCCAGAAGGGCUACAACUGUCUAUAAAGAUUAA